GCACGUAUAUGUAUACGUGCAAUUCGAAAGACGUAUGGAUAUGCAUUUAACGUUGGACUAGCCUUAGGGUAAAGUGCAAAUAAUGAUCAACAUACUUGACGACAUUAGUUGCACUUUGUUCAUUAAAAGCUCAGUCCGAGUGGACUUUAAUCUUUAUCAGUAUUUAAUAUGUAAAUGUUCUCGUUUAGUACGGCAGUUUUUUUUGUUUUGAUUUUUAAAUGCACAACAACUGCCACAUAUAAGCAGUUCAUAAUUCAUCCAGUAUUCAGGACUAAUUAUACCGCUGUAACUUCGUUGUUCAACAAUAUAUUCUUACGACAUUAGAAACAAGCAGCUGCUAAAAUGUUUCUGCGAUCAGUAUUGAAACAAAAGACAAGUCAUAAGUUGAUGCAAUUAUUUUCAACAAAAACUGAGUCUGUUACAGGAUGCAGCUUUGCAAUAACAGAUACUCAGAGAGAAAUGCAAGAAUUGGCAAGGAAGUUUACAAGAGAAGAAAUUAUACCAGUAGCUUCUGAAUAUGAUAAAAGUGGAAAAUAUCCAUGGGAUAUUAUAAAGAAAGCGUGGAGUUUAGGACUUCUGAAUGGACAUGUUCCUGCACAUUGCGGAGGAAUGGAAGUUGGCAUUUUCGACAGCUGUUUAGUUACGGAAGAAUUUGCGUAUGGUUGUACAGGAAUAUCAACUGCAUUAGAAGGAUCGGGAUUGGGUCAAGCUCCAGUAAUUGCAUUUGGAACAAAAGAACAACAAAAGAAAUAUCUUGGAAGACUCAUUGAGGAACCACUUGUUGCUGCAUAUUGUGUUACUGAACCUGGGGCCGGAUCCGAUGUAGCGGGCGUUAAAACGAGAGCCGAGAAGAAAGGAAAAGAAUGGAUUCUUAAUGGAACAAAAAUGUGGAUAACAAAUGGAGGUGUUGCCAACUGGUAUUUCGUGUUGGCAAGAUCAAAUCCUGACCCAAAGGCGUCAGUAAGUAAAGCUUUUACAGCUUUUAUCGUUGAACGUGAAAGCGAUGGUUUAUCGGUUGGUCGUAAGGAAAUAAACAUGGGUCAAAGAGCUUCCGACACUCGAAUGAUAACGUUCGAAGACGUUCGCGUUCCGGAAGAAAAUGUUUUAGGCGCGGAAGGCAAAGGUUUUAUAAUUGCUAUGAAAACCUUUGAUAAGACCAGACCUAUGGUGGCAGCUGGCUCUAUUGGCUUGGCGCAGAGGGCGCUAGAUGAAGCUACAAAAUAUGCAAUAGAACGUAAAACGUUUAAUAAACCAAUAGCGGAACAUCAAGCUGUAGCAUUUAUGCUCGCAGAUAUGGCAGUUGGCGUCGAAACGGCCAGACUGGCAUGGAUGAAAGCGGCUUGGGCUGCUGAUCAGGGUCUUCCAACAGCAACAGCUCUUGCCAGUAUUGCAAAAUGUUACGGUGGAGAUAUAGCUAAUAAGUGUGCAACAGAUGCAGUGCAAAUUUUUGGUGGUGCUGGUUUCAAUACCGAGUAUCCGGUUGAGAAGUUGAUGCGAGAUGCAAAGAUUUAUCAAAUCUAUGAAGGCACUGCCCAAAUUCAAAGACUGAUUAUAUCACGUCAUCUUAUUAACGGAGCUAAAGAAAGGAGUAUAUAAUGAUUUUAUAUUCAGUAUUGCAUUAUUUAUUUAAUAAGGACCGAAGUAAUUAUUCUUAUAUAAAUAUGUAUUUUUUGAUAUAUUUAAGGUGUGUGCACAUACAGAAAAUUAUUUUCUGC